UUCGAAGCCACCUCGCCAGUGUUUUCACCCUUCCAUCACGUCCACACACCCGCUGUGCCUCUUACUUUUCAAAGCAGCCGCCCAUACCCCUAGCUCCAUCCCCCGCUCUUCAAAAUGGACUUCUCAGACGCUUUCCGCAUAGUCAAUCUGGCCAUUGGUGUCCUCAUGGUCCUAGGCGGUGUUGCGCAAUUCUUUCACUUCCAAUUCAAGGAUAUCAUUCUUGGAGUGUACUUGAUUAUAUUUGGCCUUGCAACUGCUCUUCUUGAGUUCCAAAUCCCGCCGCAAAUUGCUAAGCAUGCUUCAUUCAUGUUCUCCUUCAUUGGCCGCGGAAUCUUCUAUGUCUUUAUUGGAUCGGUCGUUGUUGGCGACCAGUGGUACAAGUAUGUGCCUGGCACCAUCGUAGGUGUGGCUGGAAUCGCGUACGUGGUCUUGGAAUACAUACCAUCAAUCGAGCCCCCGGCGAACAUGCGUGACGCGGACGCCGGAUGGGGAGCGGAACAAGUUUAGACAGUCGUAUCACGACGGAUGGCAGAGCCUGGAGAUUCCAGC